CCCUCGCGGGUUCCCAGCCAACUUGGACUUGAAUGAGGUGCUCAGACGGCUGGGAAAGAAAGUAGUACAAACCGUCUGGGAAUAACACCGGGAAUACUGGAGGAAUACAGAGACCAGACACCGGGACCGGGAGGGGGGAACCGGCUGAAGGAAAGCCGUGACAAAAGCCCUCAGAUCUACCGGGAAGAAGGAAGAGAAAAACCCUGCGUCAAUGUUUUUAUUCGACAGCGCGCGGUGAAUCCCCCGUUUUUUCCACGUCGAUCCCCGUGAGAUUAUUUUUCUCUAAUGUUCAGCUUCAUGGGUCUGAUGAACGGAACCACCGACACACACACCAAUGUCUCCUGUACAUGUAACUGCAAGAGAUCCACUUCAUUCCAGAGUAUGGCGAUCACCCAGCUGGAGUUUGUUCAGAUCCUGGUGAUCGUGGUGGUGAUGAUGAUGAUGGUGGUCGUGAUCACGUGUUUGCUGAACCACUACAGACUCUCGGCGAGAUCCUUCAUCUCUCGACACGGACGAGCACGCAGACGCCUUCCCCUGCCGUCGGAGGGUCUGUGGUCGUCUGACGCUCCAGGGUCUUCGGCUGCCGUCACCGAGCAGGUGUACACUCCUCGGCCCUCGGCCCUCCAGCGCUCGCGUGUGAGCCGCUUCCAGCCCACGUACCCGUACCUCCCGCACGCCACCAUCGACCUGCCGCCCACCAUCUCGCUGUCGGACGGGGAGGAGCCGCCGCCGUACCAGGGCCCGUGUGCCCUCCAGCUGCGCGACCCCGAGCAACAGCUGGAGCUGAACCGCGAGUCCGUGCGCGCGCCGCCCAACCGCACCGUGUUCGACCGCAUCACGGCCCCGCCCGCCUACUGCGAGGUCAUAGGUCACUGCUACCACCCGGGCCCGCACACACACACGCAGCUCAUCCAGAUCGGCCGGACGGACGCGCGCGAUAAAGACAAGCUGCACGCGCAGGCGGUCUGAUGACGUCAGCGGCUGAGGAGACACACCUUAUAUAUAUAUAUAUACAGCUUAUCACACAGCAGGUCAGAGGUCAGAGGUCAGCGAUCCAGGGAAACCGGGCAGUUGCACAAGAGACUCUCGAGAGCGUACGGAUUCACUCCGGUCUUGCCUUUUCACUCAGACCUCUCUCUCUCUAUAUAUGUAUAUCAUGUCCUCCAGUGACGACACAUGGAAGAAGACUCGUGUUCCAGCUGGAAGUGGAGAUGGGGGAACUGGGAAAGCUGGGAUGUUCUCCAGCGUAGAAACACUUCUUUCCUGUCAGGGUUCAUCACUAGUUUUGCAUUAGAUGCACAAUAUCCAGACAUUUAUUCUGAUGUUUGUGUGUGUUUGCUGUCAGAGAGAGCGUUUGCCAACAACAUUACGUGUGUAUGUGUGUGUAUAUAGGCUACUAUAUAAAUAUAUAUAUACAACAUGUAUAUGGAAAGAAAAGCAAACUUAAAAGCACGAUUUUAGAGUUAUUUAUAUAAAUGUCUAAAAUUGCACUAUUUUUAAUAUUACUAUAUGAUCGGUCCACAGAGAGUGUGUGUGUGUGUCCUGGACUGGGAUUAACCAGUUAGUUCCCAUCAUCCGGACCAGAUCUAGAUUUCUAGUGUAGUUUCAGUUCAUGUGUCGGAUGUGUUUGCCUUAAUUUUAUUCUGUAUUCUAGAAAUCUGGAUUCGCAAUCAUUGGCGUUUCGAAGCGGAGGAGUUCGGCUGUGGCGUCUCUUAUAGCACUUUACCGAGAGGAAAACAAUCCACAGCUGUAGCCGAACGCGCAUAUGCAAACGCUCCGACGGGUGACGACGCGCGCUGACCUGGGGUCACGUCAUGGGGAUGUUGUGGAGAGAGUUGAUUCACUCGACUCACUGAGACACUCGAGUCACUGAAUCAUUGAGUAAGUGAAUCAUUGAGUCACUGAAUCAUUUAGUCUCUGAAUCAUUGAGUCACUGAAUCAUUUAGUCUCUGAAUUAUUGAGUCACUGAAUCAUUGAGUAAAUGAAUCAUUGAGUAAAUGAAUCAUUUAGUCUCUGAAUCAUUUAGUCUCUGAAUCAUUGAGUAAAUGAAUCAUUUAGUCUCUGAAUUAUUGAGUAAGUGAAUCAUUGAGUAAAUGAAUCGUUUAAACUCUGAAUUAUUGAGUAAGUGAAUCAUUGAGUAAAUGAAUCAUUUAGUCUCUGAAUUAUUGAGUAAGUGAAUCAUCGAGUCACUGAAUCAUUUAGUCUCUGAAUUAUUGAGUAAGUGAAUCAUCGAGUAACUGAAUCAAUGAGUCACUGAAUCAUUUAGUCUCGUAAUCAUUGAGCCACUGAAUCAUUUAGUCACUAAAUCAAUGAGUCACUGAAUGAUUGAGUCACUGAAUCUGAAUCGCUGCCAAACUGUGACUCGCAUGAACGGCUCCUGCACUGCAAAACAUGCUUUUCUUUCUCUGUAUGUUCGUCUUGUCUCCAGUCCAAGUAUUAAGCGUUUCACAUUUACUAAAGGAGUGAAAUGCCAUAAGAUAUUAAGUCUUGUUUUGUGGGGAAAUAAAUAAAAAUCAAGUGAGUUGAUGCUUAAAUCUAGUGAAACUCUCUGCCAGUGGGGUCAGAAAAACAUGACCUUGUUUCUGUUUGAAUUGAGAUUAUUUUUCCCAUUGGCAGAUCAUUCUGAUUUUGAUUAAUUCCCCUGGAAAACAGGACAUACUGUAAUAUCUUGUCAUGUUACGAGUAAAUGCAUUGUGAUUUAAGAGUUUUAACACAUUUGGACUGGAAACGAGACGAAGAGAAGUGUUGUUUGCGGUGUGUUCAUCAUUUCCCAUGAUGCAGUCUGCGCAGGGUCUAUUCUGCCGUGUCCGCUUCCAGACGAGUCCACGGCUGGAGAGAGACUGUGUUUAUGCUUUAUUAUAAAUCAUGCGUUCGGCAUUUCUAUAACACGAGUUCCAUAUUAUCAGCGAAAUGCAUUUCUUUAUUCUAGCCGUUUAGAUUCCAGACUAGUGCGUUUCUAUAUCAUAUUCCAUUUAUAUUUCUACACAUGCAUUUCUGGAUGAUAUAAUAUAGGAUGCAUUGGUGAUUAUCUCGUGCUCCUUAAAUUCCGACUAGUUAGCUUUUGCAUUUGGUAUUUCUAUAAUAUUCCUGCUGCAUAUGAUUUAUGAUGUAUCCCGUCGGCCGGCGGGGGUCGUUCUCUCUCCAGCGGCACGUCUUUCCCUCACAGAGACGCCCGUUCUUUGCACUCCGAGAUGCCAGUGUGUCACAUGACCCUGUCAGCCAAUCAGGCGGCCGUUGACAGGAAGUGACAUUGUAUGCAUGAUGAUGAUAGUGGAGAGAGUUGCAAUAUACCGACUAUUGGCCUUUUGAUAAUGUAGUUUAUCUCAGAUUAGUUGUUUGUAUGUUAUUGUUGCUUCUUGUUUAAAGGUCAUUUUUGUUGAAGAAAGGCCAGAUUUGUAAGUGAUGAUGUCACUGAGGAGUGUGUUUAGAGGUGUGUGUGUGUGUGGUUCAGUGCUGGUCCUCCGCCUUCAUCAUCCACACGUGUUAUUGUCACUUAUCUUUAUUUAUAUCAGAUGCUGAAAAGUGUUACCGGAUGUUUCUCUUUUGGACAGUGUCUGUCACACACACACACACACACACACACACACACACCAUGUUAUACAAUCUGAUGCAUUUCAAUUUAGCUGCCAAAUAAACAAAUAAAACCUUUUAUAAAAUAAUGUA